AUGAUACCUCUAUUAAAGCAAAAAAUAUCCGCUUUGAAAAAAAAAGCAAGAAUAAACAUUUACAUGCAUAUCAAUUUCCAUGAUGAUUAUAAAUUAUUAUUUUUAAUAUCACUUUCUACUCUAGCUAAUGGGCUAGUUCCUACAAUUUCAUCAAUAUUAACGGGUAGAAUCUUUGCCAUUCUAAAGGAUUUUGUUAAUCCUGAAUUAUCUAAAUCUCAAAUCCAUAAUAAAUUAACUUUAAAUACUAUGUCGAUAAUGAUAUUAGGCGUAGGCUGUUUCCCCAUCAUGUGGACUUGUAUAUCAACAUGGAUGUCUAUUGGAGAAAGACAAGGUAUAAAAGUACGAACCAAAAUCUUAAAUAACUAUUUAACUCAAUCAAUGACUUGGUAUGAUUUAAAUGAGCAAUUACAAGGUGAUUUUACUCAACUCCAUAGAUGUGUAGAAGAAUUGAGAUCUAGUUCUGCAGAAGCUUCUGCAGUUACUUUCCAAAAUUGUAUUGCUAUCAUUGCUCUAAUAGCAACAUCAUUCUAUUAUUCAUGGUCUUUAACUCUUAUUAUCUUAUGCAGUACUCCAAUUAUAUGCAUUUUCUCUAUUUGCUUUUCCAUUAUGAUUCAAAAAUUUGCAAAUUUAGAAAAUAAUGAAACAACAGUUUCUGCUCAAAUAUUUACAGAAACUAUUCAAAACAUUCAAUUAAUUAAAUUAAAUAAUCUUCAACUGAAAAAAUUAAUGAAAUUUCAAACUUCGAUAUCCAAAUGUAAUAAAUUUUUCAUUCAAAUGUGUCUUUAUGUUUCAUUAAAUACUUCAAUAUUAAGAACAUUGACUCUAUUGAUGUUUGUCCAAGGGUUUUGGUUUGGAUCCACGAUGAUUAGAAAGGGCCAUUUAAAAAUCGAUGAAGUAAUCACCUGUUUCUCAUCAUGUUUAUUAUUAGGUUCAAUUAUUAGUAACACUUUACAUCAAAUAGUAGUUUUACAGAAAGGUGAAGUUGCUUUACAGAAAAUAGUUGAUUUUUUAGAUGAAGCAGAUGAUCCCUUGGAAAUUAAUUCUGCUCCUAUUACUUUGAUUAAUUCGAAUAUUUCUUUCCAAAAUAUUUCAUUUGCUUAUCCAAGUAGACCAAAUGAAAAUAUCUUGAAUCAAAUUAAUUUAUAUUUUCAAAACAGUGCCACUACUUUCAUUGUGGGGAAAUCCGGCUCUGGUAAAUCAACGUUAUCAAAUCUUUUGUUAAAGUUUUAUGAAACUUAUAAAGGUGAUAUUCUGAUUGAUAAUAUUAAUAUCAAGAAUUUAAAUCAAAAAAAUUUAUUGGAUAAUAUUAUGAUUGUAGAACAAAAAUGCACUCUUUUCAACGAUACAAUAAGAAAUAAUAUUUUAUUUGGUGUAUCCAAUUUUACUAAUCAAUAUGCAUCUAACAGGCCAAACCUUAAUGAGAGAUUGAAAAAUGCUUGCACUUUUGCAUUAUUAGACCAUUUUCUAAUAGAUUUACCAAAUGGGAUAGACACUGUAAUCGGUACUGGUGGAAUAACUUUGAGUGGUGGACAGCAACAACGAGUAGCCCUUGCAAGAGCAUAUAUGAGAGAUCCACCAAUACUUAUACUAGAUGAAGCUGUUUCAGCUCUAGAUGUCAAUAUACGCGAGCUAUUAAUGAAAGCAAUUAAAUUGUGGAGAUCAAAUAAAACUACAAUCAUAUUAACUCAUGAUUUGACUCAAAUUGAUAAUGACGAUUUUCUAUAUGUUAUAAAACAUGGCAGAAUUAUUGAACACGGCAAGAGAAAGGAACUUAUUACAGAUCCUAAUACUGAAUUUCACAAAUUAGUUGCCAUUCAAAAUAAUAAUAACCUUAAUGAAGAUUUUGAUUUGGAAACUGAUACGUUUAAUGGUUCACCAAGAGAUGAAAAGAAUUAUAUUGAAGUCGAUUACGAAGCAGAUACCCCUAAAGCUGAAAAGUAUAGUAGUAUAUUCUACGAAGAAAAUGACUAUAUUAUUAACUUUUCUUCUCCAAGGAAAAAAUCACAAAGAUUUACUAUAAGUGAAUCAAUUAAAGAAAGUUCCGAGUACCCAAUAAGUAAUAGUUCAAUAUUAACAGUGGAAGCUUCUAUGGAACAAAUAAAAAAUGAACCAUUUGAAUUACUCCCAAUUUUUAAGAUUAUUAAAUUUAUGUUAAAAACAACAAAUCAUAGAGUAUAUUUAGGCAUUGGAUUGAUUUUUGCAAUAUUUGCCGGCGCUACAAACCCCAUUUUCUCUUGGGCUUUUAGUUAUCUUUUAGCUGGUAUUGCUCCGACAUUAAAAGACAUAGGUUCAGUCCAUUACUUAAUCAAAUGGUCAUGUAUUGUUAUUGGAAUCACAAUAAUUGAUGGUAUCUCAAAUUUUUUUAAAGGAUUUUUAUUGGGAAUUUGCAGCGAAUAUUGGAUAAUGGAUUUAAGAGAUAAAUUUAUGAAAGAAAUUCUAAGGAAAAAAAUACAAUGGUUCUCAGAUGAAAAAUAUCAAACUGCAGAGAUGUCUGCAUUAAUAUUAAAUGAUCUCCGUGAUUUAAGAUCUCUUGUUUCAGAGUUUAUGAGUGCUAUGGCAACAUUUAUAGUAGUCUCUUUAUUUGGUUUAAUUUGGGCACUAGUUACUGGUUGGAAGUUAGCUUUGGUUUGCAUAGCAAUGUUCCCAUUGAUAAUUAUAUUUUCAGCUAUUUAUGGUGCUGUUUUGCAAAAAUCUGAGACUGAUUAUAAAUCAUCUGUAGCAAACCUGGAAAAUAUAGAAUUUGAUAUUGUUUCUAAUAUCAAAACAAUAAAAUCUUUACAAUUGGAAGGCCAUUUUUAUCAUAAUUACAAGGUUGCCGAAACAAAACUAAAAAAUGUAGCAACUAAAAGAUCCAUUUACACCGGUCUUGGGAUUUCUAUUACAAACACAAUUACCAUGUGUAUUCAGGCCAUAUUAUAUUACUAUGGGUUCAAGUUAAUAAUGGAUGGCGAGUAUACCGUUAAACAAAUGUUUACAACUUUUACGUUACUUCUAUUUACUGUGAUGACUUGUAAUAGCUUAGUAAAUCAAAUUCCAGACAUGAGCAGGGGACAAAGAGCUGCUAGUUGGGUUUAUUCUAUUCUUCAACAGUCUGAUGAUACAAAAGAAGUCAAUGAUCCCAAUUCUAUUAUUGUUGAUAACAAUACUAUUUCGAAUGAUUUCCCUAUUCUAGAUAUUAAAAAUUUAACGUUUGCCUAUGAAUCUACACCAUCAAUCAAAGUGUUAGAUGGCUUAACUUUAAAAUUAUUUCCGGGUGACAAGCUAGCAAUUGCUGGUGAAUCUGGCUGUGGUAAAACAACCUUAUUAUCACUGUUAGUAAAGUUUUAUGAUGUUGAUCCAAAUCAAAUAUAUUUCAAUGGUAAAGAUAUUUUGAACUAUGAAUUUGAAUCCCUGAGAGAUGCAAUUGUAAUUGUUGAACAAAAGCCAAGCGUCUUGAGUGGAAGUAUACGUGAUAAUUUGUUAGGUAACAAUAAGAGAUUAAUAUCAGAUUAUGAAUUAUAUGAUGUUCUGAAACUGACUGGCAUAUUCGACUUUAUUGAAACUCUCCCAAGUGGUAUAGACACUAUAAUUGAUACGACUCUCUUAUCUGGCGGCCAAGCACAACGAAUAUGCAUUGCUAGAGCAUUAUUAAGAAAGCCCAAGAUUCUAAUAUUAGAUGAAUGCACAUCUGCAUUAGAUGCAAUGAGUGCAGACAUCAUUAAUAAUCUUGUUUCUAAAGAGCUAAAUGGUGUUACAAUUAUCAGUAUCACUCAUAGUGAAUCUAUGAUGACAUCUUGCCAAAAUGUCGCAGUUUUGAAAAAUGGUAAAAUUGUUGAGGUUGGCACCUAUGACUCAUUAGCUACUUCAUCAUCUCAUCUAGGAAAACUAUUAUCAAAGAUUAGGGAAGAAUAA